UCAAUUUUCAACUACUACUACACUAUCCAGUAUCCACGUGCUUGAUAACGUAACAAGUGAACUUAGUGAACAAACAGUGAAUAACACAAAUUUCAAUAAUCCUUUUAGUGAUUUUAUUAAAUCGAAACUAAAAUCUUCAAAAUGCUUUUGAGAUACUAUCGCAGUGAAGAAGGUACUCGGGUUUAUACUUUAAAGAAUAUGGAUCCUGCUGGCAACCAAACUUUGAGCGCUCAUCCAGCUCGAUUUACACCAACUGAUCAACAUUCUAAAGAACGGAUUCGUAUUAAAGAAAGAUUUGGACUUCUGCCAACACAAAAAAAAGCACCUAUUUACUAAAAUCAAACAUCGACACUGAAGAAAAAAGUAAAAAAAGAAAUGAACUGAAAACCCAAUUUGUCAACUUUUAUUCAAUAAAAUAAAUCAUUUUUUUAUCAUAUAACA